CUCUACAUAAGAGCAGAUGGAAAGACUGGUGGAAUAUAAGAAGCCCAUAUCUGCCAAAUUGCACCCAGCUUUAAUUCUAAAUACGAGUGGUUCAGCACAUUGAGAAUUCUGAAUUAACACUUGUCCACCAGAGAAUGUUUAGAGAAUGCAAAACCAAAUUGGAAUCCCCAUUUUAAUAUGUAUGACAUUUUUACUUGUAACUGGUAACAUUUUAUCUUCUGUGGAAAAAGACUGCUUGUUGUGGAGUGGAGCAAAAAAGCAGAAAUCCUAGUCCCCCAUCUCCCAGUGUUUAGACUUAGAGGGAUGAGUUCUAACUCAGCACCACCACACUCCAUUCCCAUGUUGCUAUUGUGACAGGAAAGCUACAACUGCACAAAAUGAGCGCGUGUAUAACGUAAGCCCAUGAUUCCCUUCUAGACUCAAGCGCUCUGUAAAUGUGUCCCUCCGCUACCUAGACAUAUGUGACGCGGCCUUGUUAUUGUACUGGCUGAUUCCAUAGCUGAGUGCGCUAGAGCUACGGGUUAAUAGAAAUAGUGCACGGAAGAUGAAGGCAGUAACACUGGAAACCGAAACAGAAGCCAACGAUGAGAGAAUGCAGAAAAGCACGUCUCCAGAGUGGGAGGCUAAAAAUAGGGCUAAGCACUAAUAGAGCUCGGUUAUUAUCCCUGCUUCUUGCCAUGUUCCAUCAGCAGCCGAACCAGGACCACUUGCAGCCAGGUCUCCCUCCCUCCUCCCCUCAUGAGGACGAUAAUCGCAGCUGAUGUCAUCCUCCGGUUGAAGCUCUUUCAUCUCCCGCAUCCCAGAUGUGCGAAACGAGGGCUAGGCGGGAAGCUGCUGUUAAAGUCGCCAUGCAGUGUGAACAGAAAAAGUCCAUAAAGCGUUCUCUCUCCAUCAAUGCGCAUGAUACUGCGGCUCUUGUGCACUGUGCGCUCCAACGCACCUUGAAACGGGUUCGCCAGGGAUAGUAAGUCGACUGGCACCACCCUCAGCCAAUCACCACCUACUCUUCUGCAGGCUGACCAGUCAACUGAGUCCGUGGGCGGUGCGAGCCUGUAAAGAAGCCGGGCUAGGCUUCACCGCCGACUUGGUUCGUCUUGGUCUUGUUGGGAGUAGCGCUGAGAGCCGGAGAGGGGCUGUGAUGGAGACAGGGAAGACGAGGCAGCGGGGAAGAAGGAGCGAGGCAUGAAAAGGGUAUCGGAAGGAAAGGUCUGCACCAACCGGGAGCUGCAUGGCAAUGACAAGUCUGCAACAAGAAGGGCACGUUUGAGAUAUGAUGAGGCUCCUGACUGGUGCUCUGCAGUACUAUGAUUUGGUAUGUGCUCACUUUGAUAGCAAGUGUAAUCAGCACCCGGGGACUGUCUGUUCAAGGUGCUGCCGGCUCACGGGAGGAGCCACAGUUCGUCACGGCUCGUGCUGGAGAGAGUGUCAUCUUGGGGUGCGAUGUAGUACAUCCAUUGACGAUACAGCCCCCUCCCUAUGUUGUUGAGUGGUUUAAAUUUGGAGUUCCCAUUCCCAUCUUCAUCAAAUUUGGUUUCUAUCCUCCUCAUGUAGACCCAGAAUAUGUUGGCCGCGCAGCACUUUACGAUAAGGCAUCAUUACGCAUUGAACAAAUCCGGUCACAAGAUCAGGGCUGGUAUGAGUGUAAAGUGCUGAUGUUGGAACACCAAUAUGACACCUUCCAUAAUGGCAGCUGGGUACACCUUACAGUGAACGCACCUCCCACAUUCACAGAAACCCCCCCUCAGUACCUAGAGGUGAAGGAGGGAAGCAGUAUCACACUAACUUGCACUGCUUUUGGCAAUCCCAAACCAACCGUUUCUUGGCUGCGAGAAGGAGAGUUCCUGGGAGGAUCCCCAAAAUAUCAGUUGAACGAUGGAAGUUUGACCAUUUCAUCCAUUGGACGUGAAGACAGGGGAUCAUACAUGUGCCGAGCUACCAGCAUUCAGGGAGAAGCAGUUCACAGCACACGGUUACUUGUACAAGGGCCACCCUUCAUUGUUUCCCCUCCCGAGAACAUUACGGUUAACAUUUCCCAAGAUGCUCUGUUCACAUGCCAGGCUGAAGCGUAUCCAGGGAACCUUACCUACACCUGGUACUGGCAGGAAGAGAAUGUUUUCUUCAAGAAUGACCUGAAGUUGAGGGUUCGCAUUCUGAUCGAUGGAACACUUAUUAUAUUCAGAGUGAAACCGGAGGAUGCUGGGAAAUACACCUGUGUGCCUAGCAAUAGCUUGGGGCGCUCCCCAUCUGCAUCAGCAUAUCUAACUGUCCAGUAUCCUGCCCGUGUAGUCAACAUGCCACCUGUAAUUUAUGUCCCAGUCGGUAUUCAUGGUCAUAUCCGCUGCCCUGUAGACGCCGUACCACCUGUAACCUUUGUGAAAUGGAAUAAGGAUGGUCGGCCUCUGAGGAUUGAGAAGUUUUCUGGGUGGAAGCUUUUGGACGAUGGAACAAUUCACGUUGAGGAGGCUACGGAAGAGUUGCUGGGCACUUACACCUGUGUGCCUUAUAAUGCAUUGGGGACCAUGGGCCAGUCCCCUCCUGCACGGCUGCUGCUGAAGGACCCGCCCUAUUUCACGGUGCUGCCUGGCUGGGAGUAUAGACAGGAAGCCGGGAGGGAGCUACUGAUUCCUUGUGCAGCUGCGGGAGAUCCCUUCCCUACCAUUUCAUGGAGAAAGGUUGGAAGGCCCUCCUUCAGUAAGCACAGUGUGCUACCUAGUGGCUCCUUACAAUUUAGAUCUCUCAGUAAAGAAGACCACGGGGAAUGGGAAUGUGUGGCUAGUAAUGUUGUGACAAGUAUCACUUCCAGUGCUCACCUCACUGUUAUUGGCACCAGCCCUCAUGCUCCAUCCAAUGUUAGAGUUGUGGUGUCCAUGAACACAGCAAAUGUCUCUUGGGAAGGAGGGUACGAUGGAGGAUUCGAACAGACAUUCUCAGUUUGGUAUGGCGCUCUGAUAAAGCGUGCCCAGUUUGGUCCUCAUGACUGGGUCUCCAUGCCUGUUUCCAGUGGAUCGUCUUUUCUCCUUGUAGACUCUCUGGACCCUGAGACAGAGUACCAGUUCAGCGUCCUUGCACAGAACAAACUAGGAACUAGCUCCUUCAGUGAGGUUGUCACACUAAGGACUCUAGCCUUUCCUCUUACAACCCCUGAGCCUCUUCUGGUUUUGACCUCACCCCGCUGCCUGACAGCCAAUAGAACUCAGCAGGGAGUGCUCCUUUCCUGGCUCCCUCCAUCCAAUCACAGCUUUCCAUUGGAUCGUUACAUCAUGGAGUUCCGCUUGGCAGAGAGGUGGGAAAUUCUGGAUGACUCCAUCCUAGGCAGUGACACAGAAAUCCUAGCAAAGGAACUAUCCCAGGACACUUGGUAUGAAUUCCGUGUACUGGCAGUCAUGCAAGAUCUGAUCAGUGAGCCCAGUAACAUUGCUGGAGUGUCUAGCUCAGAUGUCUUCCCAUCUCCUGAUCUGAGUGAAGAGGGUUUUGCUCGACCAGUGCUUGCUGGGAUUGUUGCCACCAUUUGCUUUUUAGCUGCUGCAGUCUUGUUCAGCACACUGGCUGCCUGUGUAGUGAACAGGCAGCGCAAGCGCAAGAUGAAAAGAAAGAAAGUAUCUCAUUCCUGUCCUACAGAUCCGCCUCUUUCCAUUACACAUUGUCGCAAAAGUAUAGAGUCUCCGUUAUCUUCUGGUAAGGUGAGUCCAGAGAGUGUACGGACACUUCGUGCUCCAUCCGAAUCCUCUGAAGACCAGGGACCCCCAUCAAAGCGACCACUGAGUCCUGGGCGUGAGAAAGAGCUUUCUCUUUACAAGAAGACAAAACGUGCCAUGACAAGCAAAAAAUAUAGUGUCAGCCAGGCAGAGGCUGAAGUCACAACACCAAUUGAGUUGAUUAGCAGGGGGCCAGAUGGACGAUUUGUGACAAGUGGACAAGAACAAGAACCCACUCUUAGGAGUCGCAGGAUUCAGGGUUUUCCAUUUGCUGAAGAGACAGAUAUGUAUCCAGAAUUUCGACAGUCAGAUGAAGAAAAUGAUGAGCCAUCUGGCCUAAAGUCUCAGCUAACUCCACUCUCCUCAAGCCAGGACUCUCCUCUUCAGCCUCCUGCCUACAGUCCUCGCUUCCAACAUCAGCUUUCUGAAGGAAGACAACAACCUUCUGGUCAGUCUAGGCCAGGUGGAUAUCAUCAUGGUCAUUUGUAUGGAUACCUUAGUAGUAGCCCUUUAGAUUCAGAUCCACCUCCACCAUUCUAUAUGCCAGAGGUCAGCCCACUUAGCUCAGUGAUGUCCUCUCCCCCAUUACUUCCAGAAGGAUCAUUUCCCCCAAUUCCAGAGGAAAACGGGGAAAAUAGUUCCACUAGUACCCUUCCUUUAACACACACACCAAUUGGGGGGCGUUCUCCAGAGCAGUGGGGAGGCCCUGAUUUUCCCUUUGUGGGAUUAGAAGCCCCAACCUCUCCAUCUAUGUUUGUACAGCAUCGAUAUGAGACUAGUGAAAUACGGAGGCCCCUUCCACCACCACCACCUAUUCCUUUUCCACAUGGACAUCCACCACCAAGCUCGUUACACGUACCCUCAUAUGCUGCCAUCCUGCCCCUGGAAUCACACCCAGGAUGGGUAGGAAGACUACCCAGCAGAUGUCCACCACCUCCACAUCCAUCCUGGCAGGAUGCAGCUAUGCAACUGGCAGCUCAAAGCCAGCUAAGGCACACUAGCCAAGGAAUGGGGAUACCGGUGCUUCCAUAUCCAGACAUUCCUGAACCGGGACCCUUAGGGAUGGAUGCUCGUUGGUUUGAAAGUCGUCCACGUCCACAGAUGAGCCCCAGGCAGCAUCGUAGACUUGAACCUAGUCUACACCAGGUGGUAUUGCAACCAUCCCGUCUUUCACCACUUACCCAAAGUCCCCUGAGCUCCAGACAUGGUUCGCCUGAACUAAGUGUAAGGGCCAGGCCUCGACCUGGUCUUCUGCCUCCACCAUCUGAUUGCUCUGGCAUUGCUCUCCAGCCACCAGGAUUUUUACACAAAUCACCACCUUCCUCUGGAUCCCCAGCCAACAGCAGCCAUAGGGAAAGUCCUAGCUAUCGAUCAACUCCACCUGAUACCUCCCCCCAUGUUGAAGGAUGGAGGAGAAUAGGAGAAGAGCGACUGCAUGCAGAGACGGCGGUGCUGUGCACUGCAGGGGUUGGGAUUGCUGCUGUUCCUGAGAGGUCAGAAGUUAUAGAUCAGUGUAUUCUCAAGCCCAAAAAAUCCACCAAGGGCAGAUCAAAGUCCAGGAAGCACUCUGACGGAUCCACCUCACAGGUUCACCAGCCACCCCCAGCCGUGUAUAUGGACGCCCGCUGCAUUCGAAGGAAGAAACGUCCCACACGACAGGACCCACUAUCUCGUCUCUCUGCUUUGAGGGAUGAGCUAUGUCACCGUUCACUGUCUGAUGACCGGGCUGCCAUUCUGACCAGCACUGAGCCUGAUGACUCCAGUGGCCAUGCCACACUUCUGUGACCAUACCUAGAGAGAGGCCCGGUUCUUAGGGCCCUUUCUGUCUCUUGGUGCUGAAACUCCCUGCCCUUCCUCUGAAAAGACCUGACACAAAAUCGUGAGCAGCGAGUCGUGCGUUCAUUGCCUACCUCACCAACCUCUGUGUGUGCUGAGGAUAAACUCAUGCCUCACGUCUUGGAGCAAUGUACAGUGUUAACUCUGAAAACUGGUAGAUAUAAGGAUAUAUUCAUUGGUCACAGAUCAGCACUAUGUAUGGUGUGACUAUAGCACAGAUUGGGAGCUUUGAGAACCACAGCUCCUUAUAUAGUGUUUAUACCCUUUACAUACGAGGCAAGAGCAAGGAUCAUGUGGAGCUAUCAUACAGUAUCUCCAUUUGCAUCCACUGUGUAUGUUACAUAUAUGUAUACAUACAUAUAUUGUGAUAUUUCACUGUGUGUAUGAAUUCAUAUAUUGUAUUUAUGUUGUCACAGAGGCACAUUUUGAUUUAAUCUGCAUAGAACUUGUAACACAGUUGUGUCCAGUAAAAGAAAAUAGAUUAGUUCAACGAAAAAUAACAGAAAAACAUGACUUUAAUUAUUGCCUAUAUAAUCUGUAGGCAGUGUCUGGUUCCACUGGCAUUGUAGGAGAAUUCCUAAUCAAUAAUGCCCCAGGAUGGUGCUUAGAGGAAGAAUUACAAAUUGAAAUAUUUCUUUUUUCAGACGCUAGGUUGAGUAGGCUUGGUAACAUCAUUUGUUUAUGUUAGUUUCUGUUUAAAACAGUUCUUGUUUUACACUGAGUUCAAACAAGACCAGACAUGGAACCGUAAAUCUCUUGAAUGAUUGGUAAAAUCACCACUGCCAAUGAACUUAACUUCCGCUUAAAUCAUGGUUGUUACAACAGGCUUUCACCCUAUUGUUAUUAGUUUGCAAAAUUUAGUCCUUGCUGUCAAAUAUGUAAAUGUAAAAAACAUGAAGAGUAUGGAAUUUAAGAUUGUGUUGGGCCAUGCAAGCAAUAAUUUCAUGAUUUAGAUUUACUUUUUGUAAUAAUCCUUAACCAACAAGAACAAAGCUACAUUCCCAUUAUUGACACCUUACUUAAACUCAUCAUUGUCCCUGCUAUUGUAGUAAGGUGCUCACAUGUGAGUAGAGAAACCAUCAGUUCAACCUGGCUAUCAUUACUGUGCAGCUCCUGAAUGCCUUGUUGCCUUAGUCAACUACUAGAGAUGACCACAUGCCUUGGAAGGGAAUAAAAAUUUCAGAUAAAUACUCUUUAAACCUAAGAUAACAUCAACAUGUUAAAGAGUACAUGAUAUAUUGAUUGUUAUCCCUCCAUUCUUAUGUCUGUGCCAAUGAAAUCAAGAGGAAUCAUGUGCCUCUCUGUGUCAUUUAACAUCAAAAACACCAAUCUGUGACUUCUUUUUAUUACCUUCAACAACCUUCAUGUUAGUUGUUUGAGUAUUUUAUAGAUGCACUCUCAGUUAACAGGAAAGCUUUUCACAUGAUGUGGUAUGGUAGACAGGGGCUGGGAUUAAUACAUUUCCAUGGUGCUUUCUGGAACUUUUUAAGUUCCCUGGCUUUUCUUUUCGAUAUACCUGAUAAUUUGGCAAUGGAUAGCGUAUGGAUAAUUUUGCAAGCAUCUUUGAAAUUUUGUAAGUGGAAUGGUGCAUUAUCUAAUAAUAAUAUGGAUGGUUCGUUUUAUUUCCUUUUUUAGGAAUUGACAAUAUAUUCAGGAGUGGAAAUAUACUGCUUGUGUUUUCUAUUGUAGCCAAACCUUAUAUUUCCAAAGUUCAACAUACAGAACAUUUUUAUUUCAGUCUUGUCAUGACUACUGUAUUCUUAUGAAUUAGUCAAAGAAGGGUGGUCCAUUGAUCGGUAUAUUGA